AUGGAAGUGAUAGAAGUAAAUCAACUUAAGACGACUGAGAAAGAAGAAAUUAACAUGGAUGGUGAAAAGAAGAAGAGCUACAAAAACCACUUCUGUGAAGGAGAGAAUCGUGAGAUUCACCAUACUUAUCAACCAUGAGAUCCAUCCGAGAUGGAGGAUUAUAAAACCAUCAAGGUUAUUUACCAAAUGCCACUUGCUCCUUGCAAAGUCGAAACAGUCGCUGACUCCAACACUGGAAAUGUUUAUGCUAAGAAAACAGUGUUCAAGGAAGGUUUAAAUGACUUGAUGAAGGCAUUGGCAAGACAAGAAUGAGUUAUACAGUCUGAGCUUGAUCAUCCAAAUAUUAUCAAACUUCAUAAGUACUGCGAAACAGAAAAACACUUCGAACUAGUGAUGGACUACUGCAACAACGGGUCUUACUUUGAAGAUAGGCUAGAAGAGAGCAAUGAACCAAUUGAGGAUAUGGAACUACUCAAAAAGUACGCAAAGGAGAUUUUAUGUGCACUGGUUCAUAUUCAUUCUAAAGGCAUCCUUCAUUGUGACAUUAAGCUCUCUAAUAUGGGACUUCAUAAAGAUUCAGAAGACUCUGAAGAGAUUCUCAAACUUUUUGAUUUCAAUCUCAGCGUGUACAUCGAUUCAGAAAUUGAAGGGAAAGCCCAUCUAGAGAAGAGCGUUGGAACUUUUGGAUAUAUGGCACCUGAGCUUACUGGAAAAGACAUACAUGUCGGUCCAGAAAUAGAUAUGUGGGCACUUGGAAUCUGCCUGUAUAAAAUGUGAGUAGCCUACCCUCCAAACCAAGUCAGGGGUUAUGAAUAUGGAACUGGCCCUAUUCCAUUUGUAAAAAGAGACUGGAGGAAGAUUGACCCUGAUUUUCAAGAUUUGAUCAAACAAAUGUUGGAGUACAACCCAGAGAACAGAAUCAGCUCUGCUGAAGCAUUAGAACACAAAGCUUUAAGUUAAAUCGAUUGGCUGUAAUAAUUCCUCUAAUUUGCUUAGUAAAACCAGGGGAUAGCUUAUUUACUAAGUAAACUAUGGAUAAUUUAUCUAUAAAAUAGUGAUUCAUUAACUUUUGUAU